CAGUACGAACUUUUACUUCGCCAUCAUCUAGUAGCGCAAGUCUGACCUUGAUGCUAACCACGGAUGCUCAAUCUUGUGCGAAAACCCAGUGGGUCGGCUCGACACUUGCAGACUUCUGCUCGAGCAGCUGCACUCGUUCAGAAGCAGAAGCCACAUCAUAACCAUGUACAACCGCGACCUGUCAUCGGCGGAGCUGAGGUGAAACAAGGAAGAGAAAGAGAACGUGACGUAGUCCGAAAAACAGUGAAGCACGUCAAGCGCAAUGAACUUGGAGUUCAGCUCCUUUCUCGGGAACUGCAUUCACAAAUAUUUCGCGACAUCUCUUUUCCAGCACCAUCGAAAGCAUUCGUUCGUAUCGCACAGGAGCAUCUGGAAAUGCAUGGACUAGACCCUAAACAAGGCUCUGUUCUUCCUGAUAUCGGCUUCACCCUCCCACCCCUCUUAGGCUCAAAUAUCGACGAGCAUUUCCACAGAAUCGGCAGUCAGUCCGCUCAACCAUGGCUAAACAUCGCGAGAGAUUUUGCAUCCAACGAACUUCCUCCAAAACCCGAUCAUUGGGACAUACAAUCGGGAUGGACGAAAUAUCACUUCCUUGCUGAUGGUUCGAGCUACAGCGAACAUGUCGACUUCCCGCAAAACGAAGGCAAUGCGGAAGAAGUGCUCACGUUUGACGUAGAAACCAUGCCCACGUAUCAUCCUUAUGCUAUCAUGGCAUGUGCUGCCUCAAAGAAUGCCUGGUACAGUUGGAUAUCGCCUUGGUUGCUGGGAGAAUCGAUUGAGCAACAACACCUCAUCCCGCUGGGGGAUACGCUUUCCCCGCGCGUAGUCGUUGGUCAUAACGUUUGCUACGACAGAGCGCGCAUCUUAGAGGAGUAUAGCUUGCAUGGAACUCAGUCGCGCUUCCUCGAUACGAUGGCUCUGCAUGUUGCAGUGAAGGGGAUAUCUUCGCACCAAAGACCUGCUUGGAUGAAGCACCGCAAGUCCAAAGAGACUCAGAAAGUGCGUCGUGCCGAAGCGGUCGAGGCCGUCGUGGAUCUCAUGCGUAAUACGGAGUUCAAAUACGACCAGGAGGAUGAUGAAACCAAACGAGAAGAGCUCCGCCGUCUCCGUGCUGAUCUCGAGGAGAGCCUUCCGCAGCUCGAAGCUGCCGAUGCCGAUGCCGUAGAGGCUGAUCUCUCAAGUAAGCGCUGGGAAGACCUGACGUCUGCCAAUUCGCUGGCUGAUGUCGCCAAGCUGCACUGCAAUAUCGAUAUGGACAAAGAAAUUAGGAACGACUUUAUGAAGUUGACCCCAGAAGAAAUAAAGGACAAUGUUCACGACUAUCUCAACUACUGCGCGCAAGAUGUUUUCGUUACUCAUGCCGUCUUUUCCAAGGUCCUUCCCGCUUUCCUUGACCGCUGCCCGAGUCCCGUUUCAUUCGCCGGCGUUCUCGCGAUGGGUUCCAGUUUCUUGACGGUGAACGAGUCCUGGGAAUCAUAUCUUGCGGAUGCAGAUAGAGUCUACAAGGAGUUAGAUGGGAAAGUGAAAAGGCGCCUUGUCGAGCUUGCGGAGCAAGCCAAGGAUAGGGCGAGGGAUGACUCUUUGAAGGAUGAUCCUUGGCUCUCUCAACUAGAUUGGUCACCCAAAGUAGCCGGGAAAUCUAGGGGUGUCGUGCCGGAUGAAGAGCUUGACUCCACAGCAGCGUGCCCAUCUGUUCCCGCUUCUUCCUCCCGACGUAAGAAGUCCCCUCCUAAGGAACCCAAACCAAAGGUAUUUUGGCCGAAGUGGUACUGGGAUCUCGCAAAACCCAAGAAAGACAUGCCUCCCGGCACGCUGGAUAUCACAGUACGGAAUCGCAUUGCUCCCAUUCUUCUUUGUUUGUCCUGGCAAGGCUGGCCGCUCUUCUACUCCCGGGAACACGGUUGGACCUUCCGCGUCUCUGGGGACGCCGAUUUUCCUACCCGCUUUUCUCAGCUCGAUUUCUAUGAUCCUGCGGACGACGCCCUACAAGAUAUGCGUCUGAAGGGAGGUUUUGUCUUCUACAAGUUACCACAUAAAGACGGGGAGAAGGCAAACGUAGGCAGUCCGCUUGGGAAAACGUUCAUGAAAUAUGCACAGGAUGGGACGCUUACAAGCCCCGGAGACGAAGCGAAGGAUGCGCUGGACAUGAACGCGCAGUGCAGCUAUUGGAUCAGCGCACGCGAUCGCAUCUUAAAUCAGAUGGUAGUCUGGCAGCGGGGAGCGUUAGAUCUACAGUUCAAACCACCUGGAUCUUCCGACGAACCCCAGAAAUGGGGUAUCAUCCUUCCCCAGGUGAUUACAAUGGGCACUGUGACGCGCCGCGCUAUCGAGAGGACGUGGCUCACGGCGAGCAACGCGAAGAAAAACCGCGUUGGUUCAGAGCUCAAAGCCAUGGUGCGCGCACCUAAGGGGUAUGCCAUCGUUGGCGCGGAUGUAGAUUCGGAAGAGCUGUGGAUUUCGAGCUGUAUCGGCGACGCACAGUUUGGAUUACACGGUGCUACGGCUCUUGGAUGGAUGACCCUCGAAGGCACCAAAGCCGCGGGAACAGAUCUUCAUUCAAAGACAGCGAGCAUCCUCGGUAUCUCUCGUGACCAAGCAAAAGUGUUCAACUAUUCCCGAAUCUAUGGUGCUGGGAUGCGACACGCAGUCCUGCUCCUUCUACAGUCGAAUGCCGGUAUGCUGCCCGAACAAGCUCAACGCCUCGCAGAAAAUUUGUACGCAUCAACUAAAGGCAAGAACACACAUCGCACGGAUUUAUUUGGAAGGAAAUUCUGGUUUGGUGGGACGGAGAGUUUCGUGUUCAACAAGCUGGAAGAGAUCGCGCUUUCUGAUCAACCACGAACUCCAGCCCUCGGAUGCGGAAUCACAGCAUGCUCUUCCUCUGGUGUCGACUACUUGCAUCUUCUCAUUGUCGCAAUGGACCAUCUGGUCAGACAAUAUGGUAUCAAGGCGCGUUAUCUUAUCUCGGUGCACGACGAGUUACGUUACUUGGUUGCCGAAGAAGAUCGCUAUCGAGCUGCACUCGCGCUACAGAUCGCCAACCUAUGGACGCGGAGCCUUUUUGCCUUUAAAUUAGGAAUGGAUGACCUGCCUCAGGGGGUCGCGUUCUUCUCAGCCGUUGAUAUCGACAAGGUACUCAGGAAGGAGGUCGAUAUGCCAUGUGUCACGCCUUCUCAUCCUGAUCCUAUUCCCUGUGGAGAAAGUUUAGGUAUUUCCGACAUUCUAGAUAAGACAAACAGCGGUUCCUUGUGGAAAGAUGGACGCCCCAUGAUCGCGGACUCUCUGACUUCCAAAGCGUCCUACCAGCAUGACAAUGGCUACGAGCCUCCUAGCUGCCUUAUCCAUCGCGCUGAGAGCGCGGCUUGGCUACGCGCCCAAGCUACCUCCGAGUUCCCUGAAAUUAAGCAUCUUGCGCAAACAUCAGGGCAGGUGACCGAUACCAGGAUCAGCGGUUCCCAGAAUGGUAAUGAAGGAAAAAAGCGCGGGCGUCCGGUGAAACAUGCUUCCAUGGAGCUGGGUGACUGGGAGGCGAUGCAAGAAGUGUUGAAAUCAGGGAACCUACGCUGAAGUCUAGCACCUGACGUACCGACGGAUCAUGCUCACACGGAUAUCUUAUCAUUGCUGUAUAUUUUAAAUUAGACCUUGCAUAAUAUUAGAGUAGCCUUUUUCGUGGACUGCGAGAUCCGGUUCGACUGUUUACAGUA